AUUGAGAUAACACGUGUUUCACUUGCAUAAAUAGUAGUCCCUGGCUAAUCUUCUCCAUCUCUACUCACAUCAGAUCAAUGGCUGAUUUUCCAAUCAGAUUCGGAAUCAUCGGGUGUGCCGAGAUAGGCCGCAAGGUCUCUCGAGCCAUCCAACUUGCUCCAGACGCCACUCUCUCCGCCGUCGCUAGCCGCAACGUCGACAAAGCCGUCAAUUUCGCAAAGGCCAAUAGGUUUCCACCUGAGGCCAAGAUCUACGGGUCCUACGAGUCCCUUCUAGACGACCCCGACGUGGACGCCGUUUAUUUGCCUUUACCCACAAGCCUCCACCUCAAAUGGGCUGUAUUGACGGCUCAGAAAAAGAAGCAUAUCCUAACGGAGAAGCCCGUGGCCUUGAACGUUGCCGAGUUUGAUCAGAUUCUGAAGGCUUGUGAAGAAAAUGGGGUUCAGAUUAUGGACGGCACGAUGUGGGUGCAUAAUCCCAGGACCCACAAAAUGAAGGAGUUUUUAAACGAUAAGGAGCGGUUUGGUCAGCUUAAAACGGUAAACAGUUGCUUCACAUUUUUUGCUGAUUCGGAUUUUCUGAAGAAUGACAUUCGUGUGAAGCCAGAUCUUGAUGCUCUUGGUGCUCUAGGUGAUGCUGGGUGGUAUGGCAUCAGGUCGAUCUUGUGGGCAGCUGAUUAUGAGCUGCCGAAAACCGUCACAGCCAUGCGAAAUCCGGUUCUAAACGAAGCAGGUGUAAUACUAGAGUGUGGAGCUUCGUUACUCUGGGACAAUGGCAAAAUCGCAACCUUCCAUUGCUCUUUCUUAUCAAAUUUGACAAUGAAUCUCACUGCUAUAGGAACAUUAGGAACUUUACAUCUUACGGAUUUCAUUAUUCCUUACCAAGAACACGAGGCCUCGUAUACUACUUCCACGAAACCCGAUUUUAACGAACUUGUUACAGGAUGGGCGCGGCUUCCGAGUGAACACACUGUCACUGUAGAUCUACCCCAGGAAGUCUGCAUGGUGAGAGAGUUUGCUAGGUUGGUGAAAAAUAUUAAAAAGAACGGCGCACAGCCAGAUAAAAAAUGGCCGACAAUCAGCCGGAAGACACAAUUGGUUCUGGAUGCUGUCAAGUCAUCGAUCGAGAAAGGUUUUCAACCUGUUGAGAUUGUAAAUUAAAAUGUUUGAUCAUUUGGUUGAGAUUUGAAAUAUCUAUGCAUGGUGUUUGAGUGACCAGUUUCUAUGUGAGAUUGCUUGUUGUGCAUCUCUUUUCAGUAUGA